GACCGCCACUUUCAUGUGACGAAAAAGAAGGCUUAAGAAUAUAGGAAAUGGGUCGCACAAAGUCUGGAGGUGGAGGAAGUAACGUGGCUGGCAGUAGUCAUAGUCCAUCUUCUGAUACGAACUCCACAAGCAGUACUGCAGCGGCCGAGGUUCGCAUCAAAGACCUGCUGAAGGAGCUUUAUCAUCUCAUUCACCAAGUACAGGAUGAAAGAGCUAGGGGAGAGCACAACCUCACAAAUAUCUCAAAAACACACGAACGAAUGCAGCAGGAACAAAAAGUGACUCCUUAUUACAAGAACAAGCUAAAAGGUCUGUACAAAACAGCCAUGCAAGAUGCUGAACUAGAAGCAGAGUUACUACGAAAAGCUCUUGACAAGAUUGCUGAAGUAAAAAGCAUCAGAGAAAAUCGGCGACUUGGUAAAAUAAAAGAUUCAGACCGUCCAAAACCGAUCAUGAGGCGAGGUGUGUUAAUGACUAUGUUACAACAGAAUGCACAAACUUUACCCCUAUGGGUCAGCAAGCCUGGAGAAAAGCCGCCACCUCUGUGUGGAGCUAUCACGGCUGACAACAACUAUGUAGCCAAACCCGGAGACAAAGUAGCAGCCAGAGUUAGGUCCGAGGACGAAGAGAACUGGAUCCUAGCGGAAGUGGUGACCUUCAACUCCUCAACCAACAAAUACGAUGUAGAUGAUAUUGAUGCAGAUGAAGGAAAAGAACGACAUACCCUCAGUAAAAGAAGAAUUGUUCCACUGCCUAUAUGGAAAGCUAAUCCAGAAACUGACCCUGAGGCAUUAUUUACAAAAAAUAUGUUGGUGCUAGCAUUGUACCCUCAGACAACCUGUUUUUAUAGAGCCCUCAUACAUGAACCGCCUAAAAAGCCACAGGAUGACUAUUCUGUGUUAUUUGAGGACACCUCCUACCAGGACGGCUACUCCCCUCCACUCAUGGUUGCCCAGCGCUAUGUUAUCGCAUGCAAGGAAGACAAAAAGAAAUAAACAUACCCGGGUACCUGGUCAAAUAAUGUUCCAUGUGACAUUCACAUCUGAAAACAUCUCUAGAGAAUUCUUCCUUAAUGAAUUGAAGCCUUCCAUUUCCAUUGUUAGUUAAAUCAUUGAUGAUUAAUUUAUAAGUUAAGUCUAUGAAGGAUUCUAUUUGUGGGAUAUAAAAUUUAGAUAAAAAUGAAGGUAUUAGCCAUUUUAUAAAUAUACGUGUAGCAUAUACAGUGUGCAAAUAGUUUAAUACAAAAACCAAGUGGGAAAAUGUGGGAUGGGGGAUUUUCAUUGCAGAACAUGUGAACAUUGAAAACAAAUAUGUGCGCUAUAUAGUAUUGAUAUAUCCAUAUUAAAGUAGACCGAAUUCUUACUUAAGCCCACCAUCAUCAGAUAGUGUGAUCUUCAAUCAUUCUUCGUGAGUGGCAUGUUGUCUGUUCAUCCGUUAACAAUCCAUUUACUGAGUAAUUGCUUUUUCUUGAGAAGUACUGGAAGGAGAAAUUUCUUGCUCACAGAAAGUUCUUUUUGGUUGGAUCUUUCUUAGACCUGUUUCUCAGCAUCCUGAGAAGCACAAACUGCCACAGGUAGGGAGCAUUGAACCAUACACCUGAGGUUUUGUGGCUAGCACUCUAAAUGACUGAGCAGUGAGCUAUCACAACCCCCUCCCCCCUUUUGAAAGUUCACAAAGGGACAAACCCAGCAAUGUGUGGAAAGUGUAAUAGCUAGUGCUCCGAUAUUUUCCUGUGAGGAACAGAUAAAUAACAAUUCAUGUUAGAAUGUCAACAAUGUCAUGUUCAAAUAUUUACCAUGUAUUCAUUUAUAUGUAAUAAAGUCAUAUCAAAUCUAUAAUAAUUAUAGAUUUUAAUAUUAAGUAUUAACAUUUUUAGACCUAUAUGUAUAGACUGACUGUAAAACAGUUGUUAGUUUUAUACAAAUGUUUCCAUUAUGUAGCCUGCUCCACUAGCAAUAUACAUUACAAUUUUAUAAUAGAUUCAAGUAUGUUUAAUUAUAAACAAAACAUGAAUGUUACCAAUACUCUAUUAAGGGUAAAUGUUGUUACUAUAUAAUAGUUCUUCAGUGGAAAAAUAUUUCAAUUUUCACUUUCGCAAAAAGAUCAAUGUUAAAAGUUCAAAUGAUAAUUAUUGAUGUGCUAGUACAUACAUGUACACAGUGGAAAUUUUAUCUUCCAUUUUUUUCCCAUGAAAUUAUUAAUUGGUUUGAAUUGUUUACAAAUACUUAAGCUGUCUAAGAACUUGUCUGAUUGAUAAAUGUCUCAUUAUGCAAAACAUCACACAGCAAUGUGUAUAUUUAUACCAAGUUUAUUUUAUGAAAUUAUUUCAUUUUGAUUUUUCUCAAUUUUAAUAAAUUCUGACAAUUUAUAUGGGGGGAAAAAAAUGUUUACUACAUGAACAAUGUUAAUACUGAACUAGUGCUUCUAUAAAAUCAAACUCAAUCUCUCCCAGAAUGAGUUACAGUCCCCUUUAAAUGAAUUAGCACGUUAACAAUUUACCUAAUGUAUUAUGAAUUGUUUCUUCCCAAUUGAUAUUCAUUCUCUCCUUAUCAGAUACAUGUGUACCAGUAAUAGUUUAUGAUCUAUUAUUUGAUAAUUAUUUAAUAUGUUGUUAUUUUACCUUUUUAACAACAGGGCCACGGUGGCCGUGUGGUUAAGGUGUCCCGACACUUUAACACUAGCCCUCCACCUCUGGGUUGCGAGUUUGAAACCUACGUGGGGCAGUUGCCAGGUACUGACCGUAGGCCGGUGGUUUUUCUCCGGGUACUCCGGCUUUCCUCCACCUCCAAAACCUGGCACGUCCUUAAAUGACCCUGGCUGUUAAUAGGACGUUAAACAAAAACAAACUAUUUUAACAACACAUACAAUUUGUCUGCCAGGAAAAAAGUAAGGUCAUUUGGACCAUUAAACAAACACUGGGCCAUUUGGCCCCAAUAAACAAAAACUUAGGGUUAACAGAUCCUGGUUAAAAAUAAAUAAGACAACUGCACUCCCUUUUGAAAAGGAAUAACAGAGUUGAAAAUAACUGCGAUAAACUUUUAACUCAAUUUGAUUAUAAACCCGACAGUGGUUACCAUUUUGACCUGAUGACAUGAACAUCAUCAGACAUUUGGUUUUUUCUUUUUAGUUAAAUUUUACAUUGUUCCUUGUACCAUUUCACUUCUGACUAUUUUCUUGAACUGAACACAAACAUGUGCUGCUUUAUAAAUAUACAUCAGUGUUGAUGUUUGAAAUCUCUGUACAUUGUAAUAGAUUACAUGAAGUGACAGGAAAUCUGAUUGUAAUGGGAAUGUUAUCCCUAUUUAUGUAUGAUUUGUAAAUAAAAUUCUGUAAUAUACAAGC